AUGGCACAAGACAGUGACGAUGACGAAUGUCCCGUUUGUGCUCAAAGGAUGAUUCUUCCUACGGCUGUGCCUGUUUUGAGUUGGAAAGUAAGUGUAACCGUUGCCAGUUUAGGUCCAGCUUCUAAGCGGGCUCGAGUGUGCAGUGAUGAGGCUGGUCCCUCUUCGAGAACCAAAACUCGCGAGCAUUCAAAUGAACAAGAGUACGAGUCGCCACAACGAGAACCGGAGACUAGUGCGACUUCUAGUGAGCGAUACUACUGGUUGUAUGAGGGCCCAAUCACAGUGAUAAAGCUAUCUCCAGCUGUUGUUUUGUUCACUCCUAAGAUGGCACAAGACAGUGACGAUGACGAAUGUCCCGUUUGUGCUCAAAAGAUGAUUCUUCCUACGGCUGUGCCUGGUUGUGGACAUAAAUUCUGUUUUCUAUGUAUUAAGGGUGCUGCCUUUCGAACACAGGAGCGAUUGUGUCCAAUGUGUCGUGGUAAUGUCAGCGUUUCCAUAUUCCGAAGUCCUGCCAUGCGAAAUGUCACACUGGACAUGCAUGAUCCGGAAUCGCCCACGGUCACGAGAGAGCUACAAAAGUCGAAAUCUGACGGCACUGGUUGGCGUUUUUGUCGUGUGCUGUUUUUAUUAACUUCUUAA